AUGCCCACUGCUACAACGAAGCACAACCAGCUCUCGGGUGCACCCACUCUUGCCCCCGCCCCCAGAGCUGAGUUGCGCCAUCUGUCAGGAGUGGGGCUGGGAGGGGGUGGUGGUGGUGGUGGUGGUGGAGGAGAAGGAGGAGGAGGAGGAGGAGGAGGAGGAGGAGGAGGAGGAGGAGGAGGAAGAGGAGGAGGAGGAGAAGAAGAAGGAGGAGAGGGAGAAGAAGAAGGAGGAGGGGGUGGAGGAGGAAGAGGAGGAGGAGGACAAGAAGAAGAAGAAAAAAGGAGGAAGAGGAAGGGAAGGAAGAGGAGGAGGAAGAGUAGGAGGGACUGCUGUGCAAAGGAUCAGCCGGAGAUUCGCCCGCCGCGCUUGGAGAGGGGAGGCCACGGCCCCUUAGAGCCUCCUCCUUUCCUUGCCAACCCGGGCGGCGCUGCGCUUAGCCCCCGACACCCACCCGGGGGUGGUAGGGGUGGUUUGCGGAGCUCCUGCACAAAAGCCGCCGCCUCACUAAGCCGCCGCUGGUACCCGGAGGGAGCCGGCCGCCCUGGGCUGGAGGGGGGAGACCCUGGCGCUGUCCUCCUCCUGCUUCUCCUCCUCCUGCUCCCGCCCCCUCGGAAGGGUCCCCAGCCUGCCUCCCCGGGAGCCCGCAGAGGAGGAGCCGGAGCUGCCACCGCCACCGCCGCACAGGGAGGGCGGGGAGAAGACCAUGUGAAUGGGGCUCCGAGCCUCAGGUCUUUGAAGAAGCAGGAUGUUCAUCUAGACGUGGAAAAAACUCAAUCAAGCCUUACAGGAGACUAUAUAAAGAAUAAAACCCAUAUUUCUUCGCUGAGUAACUGGACCAGUCCUACAGCUGUGGUAGAAGAAAUGUGGUGUAUAUAAAAUUUGUGAUAGCUGGGAGAAAUUCUGGUAAGUGUUGCUGCAUUUAAUCCUAAUAGCUUUUGUUAGACGAUGGGGCCCAUAAAAGAUGGUUGCUUCCAUGUUCUUUGCCUCUUUAAAAUCCGUGUUAAGCUGAGGGAAGGAAAAAUUUUAUGAUGAUGAAAUGUAGCUCUGCUUCUGCGUUUCCUGGUAGCAAUUGCAAUUUUUGUUGCUGUUGCUGUUUUUAAGGAAUUUGGUGUUUCCUAGGAUAUAAUGAGGAUAGCCUUCUGAGCCAACGGCAAAGGAUACUGUUGUCAGCUUAAUUUACUUAGUUUCUUGUGUUCUCUCUGCCUUCAGUGUAAGAUCAAGGUAAUAAUAAGCCUCUUUCCUGGGGGAGAGACAGAGACAGAGGAUGAGAAUACAGAGCAAAGGAAUCUUGACAGGCUGUGUAUCUGAUGUUAUUCCAAAUUCAUCAGCCUAGGUAGAGGGGGAGGAAGGCUAAUUGCAUUUGGGGCAUGGAGCAUCAGAGGGAACCAGAAUGGCUAGGCGCCAUUCCACAGACCAGUAUUAGAAGACCAUUGGGACAAAGUCCCUUCAGUUUAACAAAAAUCAGUGAGUGGUCCUGGACCUAUUCUGUGACAGCUGGAGAAUACACAUGCAGAGUUGCCCCAAAGAGGGGGCACAUUAGUGGAAAGACCCCUGGCUUGAAGCCCAUGUUCGAGGACGUGGGUUUAAAUUUCCAUCCUGGUGCUUAGUCCCUGGAUAAGUCCCUUAUCCUCCUUGGGCACUCUCAGCCUCAGUUUCUUCAUCUGUAAAAUGAAGAGGUUGGGCUCAGUGGUCCCCUGAGAGGCCUCUUCUGUAGCUCUAAAUUUAUGAUCCUAACACUAGACAAAAUGCAAAGCUUCCUCCUCUGUAAAAUGAGGGGGAUGGACAAAAUGGCUUUUGGAGGUCCGCUCAGAAUUUGUGGUCCUUUCACCUAUGGGGGGCAUUCCAGAAGAUAGCGCAACAACGGGAAGUUGGGCAAACUCUAGAAGCCAAACCCCACAGAGACAUGAGCCUUGUGGGAGGAUACUAAAGCACCGAUUGGUUCUAUCCAGGGUGAUAUCACAAGGGACUCAGAUCACAGAAUCCUAGAUUUGGAGCCAGAAGAGACUUUUUAAGCCAUCAAUAGAACCCCUUCAUUUUACACAGGCGAAAACAGGUCCUGAAAGCUCCCAGCUGGCAAGGGUCUGAGGUGGGAUUUGAAACCAGGUCCAAGGCUAGUAUUCUGUCCACUAGCCAUAUUGCUUCUUCCAAAGAUGAUAAAAAUGUUCAUUCUUUGCUAUACUCUACAAUUAGCCAUUGCGUCUCUCAUUGCUUAUUUGUCAAAGAACUGGUCUGAUUCUUGCAGUUGGUAUCUUAGAAUUAUCAUAUAUAAUCACAAUUAUGUAUCAUAUGAUUUGAAGAAUACAUAAUGUAUUUAAUAUAAUUAGAAUUAUAAUAUAUUUAAUAUAAUUAGAAUUAUAAUAUAUCUAAUAUGAUUAGAAUUAUAUAUUAUAUAAAAUGUAAAAUUUAAAUCAAUAUCUAUGACCCCAAGUAUUAAUUUUAUAAAAUUUAUUAAUUACUUGAAGUGAAAGGAAUAAAAAAGAAAUAGAAGUAUAAAAACUAAUUAUCUAACAAAAAUAAGACCACAUGAGUAAAUUCUCCUGAUUGGCUCAAAGCCAGCUUCCGCUGCCUCAAUCAGAGGAAAAGAGAGGGGGGGAGUCAACCAGAACUUUAUCCUACAUACGUAUGCAGUGUCUGUACUCAGCGUGAGGAUGCAAAUGGGAUGCUGGGGAGUAGAGUUCUGGGGAGCAAAAUUCUGAUUACACAAAUCAGAAUUAUAUAUAAUUAGAAUAAAACCUAUAUUAGAAUUAUGUAGAAUAAAAUAUAUUGGAAUUAUAUAUAUUAGGAUUAUAUAGAUAAUUCUUACACAUAUAAAACGUGUGUGUGUGUGUGUGUGUGUGUGUGUGUGUGUGUGUGUGUGUGUGUGUGUGUGUGUGUGUGUAAAACUCAUUGAUUCUUCCUUCCAUUUCCUCUGCCACUGAGUGAAAUCACCUUGGUUUGAGUUUUGUUUUAAUUUGGCAGUUGACAAUUUCAUUUGGAAACAAGUAAGCGAGUUUUGAAGGGAGGAGGGGAGGGAGUAGAUUGAAUUCUCAGCUUCAAACCACCUUACAGAGACUUCCUGUGUGGGAAAAAAAAUGCUGAAAAAAAAAGAGUGAGAGAAAUGCAGGAAAUGAGUAAGGUAGGUCUAUGUGACCGAGGCAUUUUUUUCUUGGAGGCGAUACUUUCAUUUCAAGCCUUUUUCACAUAUGUAGAACCUUCUCUGAAAGCUAGAUAAAUUGCUGAAAUUUCUUGGGUCCUCGCUACAGGGGAGUUUGAAAGCCACUUAGUACCAGGGAAGAACUUUGAUCUGUGUGUAGGGAAUUGAAGGAGAUACACUACAGUGUGUUAAAGGCUCAGACUGUGUGCUUGGAGUUAACUCAGCUUUAUUUCAAAGCCUGGGACUCUCAUUUCAUUGAAUUUUAUUUUCUUUUAAAAUAUCAACUUUUCUUUAUCUUUUUGUUUUAACCUACAUUUCUUAAUAUAUCCAUCCCUUCCUUUCUCUGUGCCGUUCCUUAUAAAAGAGAAUUAAAAAAAAAAAAACUGGCAAUACUAACCAACAUAUCAAAAAAAGUAUUCUAUACAAUGUUCCAUAUCUGCAGUCCCCCACUCAGCAAAGAAGCAGAGAGGGGUAGAUUUAGAAGUUUAUUCAGAUAUUUAUUUACUCAUUUCCAAUAAUGAUUUUAUACGAGGCAAAAAGAAAAAGAAUUAAAAGGUUUUGAAAAGACAGACAGAUGGGUCAGUGGACUGAGAGCCAGGCUUUAGAGAUGGGAGGUCCUGGGGUCAGAUCUGACCUCGGACACUUCCUAGCUGUGUGACCCUGAGCAAGUCACUGAACUCCAUUUGCCUAGCCCUUACUCUUCUUCUACCAUGGAACCAAUACUUUGUAUUGAUUCGAAAACAGAAGGCAGUGGAUUAAAAAAAAGCAAAAAGGAAAAGCAGUGGGGGGGGAGUGCCUUGUGAUAUCUCUUCUACACUCAUUAUAAUUUCACAGCAUUCAGGCUAGAUGGUCAUUUCAUAGACUCUUAGAAAAGGAAGAGACCAUAGAAGUCAUUGAUGUACAACUCCACACGGUGGACGUCAUCCCUGAGAGACGGCCAUUGUCCAUCUGGUGGAAUACUUCUAGAAUGCUUCUAAUGCUCCCUGUUCUGCAAGGGAAUUUUAUUUUAUCUUUGGGACAGUUUUAUUAGAAAGCCCUCUAAUUCUGAAGGCUUGUGUGAACUUGUCCAAAGCAGGGGAACCCCUGCCUUUCAGGGGUUCUGCAAAAAUACUUUCCUAGCAAAAGUAAGAUGUUAUUUUUCCCUUUUUUACUCUCAAUCUUUCACGAGUAUACAGUGGAAUUUCCCAAAAGCUUGAAUUAAAAAAUUCCUUGUAAAUAUGAAGGCAGUUCAUAUAUCAUACGCAGAAUUGCACUUUUGCAUGACAAAUGAACAAAUCUACAGAAAUCUUUGGACUGGUAUUUUCUUUGUUCUGUUCUCAUCUAUUAUCACUACCAACUAAUCAUGGAAGAAGACCUUUUAUGUCUAUGCUUGGAAACAAACCAGAAUGGUGCUGAAAUAUUCAGCGUUGGAUAACUUUUUGAACUUCAUGGUUCAGCUGGAAUAACUCUGCUGACAUUUGCACUGAUGAUGAAAAAGCAAUGGUGGGGAAAACUGCUGGCGCCUUCGCAGGAAUCAAGGCAGUGGCACCAAAAUGUGCUGGUUGUUAUUAUAUUCUCCACUGUCACAAACUUGCAAUUUAAAAAAAAAAGGAAAGAAAAAGCAAAAGCCAGUUUCCUUAAUGCCAAGGACAUUGGUAAUGUCCUUGAGAAAGCAAUAAAAGAUAUUCAUUUAUUAAAUCUUGGCCCCUGAGCAUACUUCUUUUUCAUAUUCUGUGUGAUGAAAUCAGAAGUAUGCUUUAAACACUUCUGCUUACUGAAGUACCAUGAUUGUCUCAAGGAAAACCACUCAUGCAAUUGAGUCAUGGCCGGAACUAGCAGUUUUUUUUUCAUGGAACACCAUUUUUACCUGAAGGAAUAACAGAGUAACAAUGAUUAUUCAGACUUCAAGGUCUGGUAGCCAUUCUUUCAGAAAUGAAGGAAGUGAGCCUGUUACUUCAAGGUAAAAAAAAACAAACUGACAAAUUCGCUGCCAAUGAAAAAACUUGAGCUUUUGAGCAAAAAAACAGAAUUUUGGAAACCUUCUAUUCACCACUGUGAGCUUGACAGCUUCCCACAACUUAAACACUUUUUUAAUGAGAUCAGUGGUGAUAUUAAUGACUGUGAAAUUUUGAUGACAAAAUGAAAUGUGUCAACAUUUGGGAUAUCUGCAUAAAUCAGUGAACCAAUAUUUUCCAAAUGACCAAUGCAUUAUCUUACAAAAUCAUGCAUCAGCACAAGAUGCAUUCACCAUACAAAAAGUUCAUUGAUAUAGUUCCCAAUUACCUUUAAAAACUUGUUGGAUUUUGGUGUGGUAUCAAAAAAUAGCCACAAUUAUCUGAAGAGUCUAUUAAAAUAUUCCUCCUUUGUCCAACUGUGUAUCCAUAUGAUGCUGGUUUUUUUUAAAAAAUAUUUUAAACUAAAAUAACAUUUCACAGCAGAUACAAUAUAGAAUCAGAAAUGAGGUCAGUUUGUAAUAUCUCCAUUCUUCCUUCUAUUAAGCCAAAAUCUAUAUCCCCAUUAGAGGUCUUUCAUCAGAAUCAACAUCAAAUAAAUCUACUCCUUUUCCCACAUAAUAUAAGUUUUUAGAGUGUAAGGGGCAUUAAAGAUAUUUGUUCUAAUUUUCUCAAGUUUACAAAUGAGGAAAUCAAGAUCUAGAGAAAUUAAAUAACUUGUCCAAGGUGGUGUAUUUAAUGGCAGCACCUAGAAUAGAACUUAAAUGUCCAAACACUCAGUUUAUCCUUAAUAGCUACUUUUAGAUAUUUAAAAUCUAUCAUUCACUCCCAGAUUUCUCUUCUCUGGAUUUUAAACUUCCCAAACUUUUCAAGUUAUUUCUCCUGUGCCCUUGUUUCCAUACCCAAAACUACCCUGUGCUCUCUUGAAAAUUUCUAUGUUGUUAAAUAUUCUUCUAAAAUAUUAUGUUGUGUAAAUCCAGUAAGUGCUACCAGACCUGGAGUCAGGAAGGUUCCUCUUCCUGUACCAAGUCCAGCCUCAGACACUUAUUAGCAGUAUGACCCUGGGAGCAUCAUUUAACCCAGUUUGCCUCUGUUUCCUCAUCCAUAAAAUGUGCAGGAGAAGGAAAUGGCAAACCAUUCCAGUGUCUUUGACAAGGAAACUCCAGAUGGGGUCAUGAAAUGUUGGGCACAACUGAAAAAAGACCAAACAACAACCACAACCAAAAAAAAAUGUAGUGCCUUUAAGUGAACCCUGAAAUUCAGAGAUGACUCACCCAGGACAGAAUGCUAUGAAGUUCUUACUUGGCAUGAAGGUCUGCCUAGCAUAGUGAGGAGAGAGCUGGCCCCACACUCAGGAAAACCAGGGUUCAAAUAUACUGUGUGAGCCUCAGGAAAGCCAGGAAAGUUACCAUUUUUCGUCUGUAUUGCUAGAGGUAGUUUUCUUAACUAGGAACUGAGGAGAGUUCCCUUCAACAAUAAAAUCUUGGUCUGAGAAAACCACACAAAAAUGUCAUUCUAUAAUCUAGUUACUAUAUUGAUCAAUGGUUUUAAUAAGUGUACACACUACUCUCCCCUUUAACUUCCUCUUCUCCUUUUCCUUUAUCUUGUCCAUUUUCUCCUUUUUUCCUCUUCCUCUUCACUUUCUUCUUUUCUCCUUUUUUUGCCCCUCUCUUUUCCCUCUUCCUUCUCUUUUUUCUUCUUCCUCCUACUUCUUGCCCGUCUUUAAAUACAUUAGGAAGGAUUUCUUAAGAACAGCUCCCCUGGAGGUGUGCAGAUAGCGGUGCUCACAGAGCCAUCAGCAGUCCCUUUUAUACCAUUCUUCAGCUUGUCCUUUCUGGAUCAGCAUCACAAAUCUUCUUAAAUCCAUGCUCAAAUUGAGUCACAGAAAGUUUGAAGUUCUUAAGCCUUGUGACUUUCUAGAAAAACCUAGAGUUUUUUUGCAUGGUUUUGAUGAAGUGUGGGUGUAGUUAAAGUAGUUGCAAUAUAUUUUG